AUGAGAAUAUUUGCUUUGCUGAAGACCAGCAUUGCCCGUGAGUCCUUGAAACUCUUGAAAGAGUAUCUGAAGUUCAAUAUUCGGCUGGAAGAAUCCAGGGUGGAAUUGGAAUUCCUUUAUGAAUGCAUUCAGGCAAACCACUGGGAAAAGCACUUUUGGAGGGCAAUACGACGGUGUGGCAUCUACCCAAACGCAAAAACUUUGAAGAGACAUGUGCUCAAUCAUGUGGAUACCAUUCGCGUUAAGAAGUCGGAGCUGGAGAGAUUCAUGUCGCUAAGAUUACCAGCGGUGUUAUGCCUGCCUGAAGACUUAAGACAACCUUUUGAGGAAUCUGUAGGACUGGUUAAUCAAAAAAGUGGGAGUAAGAAAACAAAAUAA